AUGGCCCCCCAUUCCAGCAACAUCCAACCCGACAACGAUGAGGUCCAAGUCAUUGAAACGGAUAGUCGCCCCAGGCGCAGUCACCUUCCCAACAGCAAUAGAGGUAGUGGCGAAAAUUCGAAGCUCACAAAUGCGAAAAGGCCGGUCGAUUCCCAGGGCAAUGGCACACGAAGAAGUCAACGCUCACGUUCUGCGUAUCAGGAGGAGACUCAAAGACACCCGCGGACUGCUUCCCGCAAGCCUGCGAGCCUCGACAAAUCUAUCUACGCCAAUGACCAGCAUUCUCGAUGCCGUUCGAGCAAGAAAAACGAUCCCGGGGUUGUUGAUGUGGAUGCCAACUCGGAGGAAACGCCCAGUGCUCGUGUUCGUGAUCAGAGUCGCCACCAACUCUCAAGUGCGAGAGCGGCUUCUAGCAAGAACUCCAGUACGCACGCGCGUCCAAAUCUGAGCUCGAACGCGAGAAAGACCAAAAAGCAGUGCAACGAGCGAAGCUUCAAGGGGGAUCGCCAACGGCGAGACAGGAAUACAUCCGAGAUUUCGUUGCCACGGAAAUCUCGAUCUGCGAAACCAUCUGAGCGUCCAAUCCCUCUAGAUGAUGAUGACGACGACAAUACAGAUGUCUGCAUGCAAAGCACCAAUGUUACCGCCAACAAACGUCCAUUACGUUCGCCAUCCCCGCCUGCCCUUGGCCGCAGAGCACGAUUGUGCAAAACAAAACGGCUUAAAGAUACUGACGAAGUAGCUGAAGAAGCAAAACAGCUGCAAGCGCUCGAUGCCCCGUUUACAGGGCCAUGUCAUUUUCUUUUCAAGUUUCCCCCAACGGGAAGGGGAUCAAUUCGUGUCACUGCUGAGGAACGCGGAAGGCUCAAUUCACGGCAAUAUCUAAAUGAUACACUCAUCGACUUUUAUAUCAAGUAUCUCGAACACGGUCUUGCAUAUCGCCCCGACGACAAACAGUUCACUACAAAGUUUUUUAGCUCCUUCUUCUUCGGCGUUUUGAGGCGUGGAAAGCCUGGGGGAUACAAAGGAGUAAAGUCAGCCAUUGAUUACGAUGGAGUGAAAGGCUGGACAAAGGGAGUCGACUUGUUUUCCUUGGAAUACGUCUUCGUCCCUAUAUGCGACUCAUAUCACUGGAGCUUGAUUAUUGUCGCCAACUUGCACGAACUCCAAGAUUCCUUAGAUGGGAAAUUUGUCAAUGGAUCUGCAAAGCCAAAGAUUUUCUAUCUUGAUUCCUUGGACCCGAAACGAGGACAAGAGUUCGGCAUCAUUAUGUUGCACUAUCUAGUGGAAGAGUAUUUAAAUCGCAAGAAGAGCGAAGAUGUUUCCGAUAGCCUUCACGAGGAGACCUUCAACCGUUUCAAAAAGGCGAUAUCAAUACAAAAGGUCCUUGUUCCGCUCCAGAGCAACGAGUAUGAUUGUGGAUUGUAUGUACUGAACAACCUCGCUAUGUUCUUGGAGAACAGGGAUGACUUUAUGAUGAAGCUUUUGGACGAUGAAUUGAACCUGAAAGAGGUUUACUCACACAUGGACAUUCAAGGCUUGAGAAUUGACAUAACAUCAUUAUUGAGCACUUUAGAGGACAACUGGAACAAAGUGCACCCGAAGUUCGAUGUGGUUCCGAACAUGACGGACGCUGACAAUGGGGCAGACAAUAGGAAGGAAGUGGAAGACUCCCCAACGCAAGAAGCUAGCUUGGAAGGGGAACCGACAUGUGAAGAUGGUGAUAUUCCUCAAUCCCCACCUCCCCAUGAGUGGAUCAGCGUUCCAAAUGGGAAAAGCUGCUCCACCGAACCGACGAUACCAAGAAUCGCGGCCGGGUUCCGGAAUAGGUCUUUUUCUAAACGGAGUGACCAAGAAUUAGAGACAUCUGAAAAACGUGGCUACGAGUCUAGUGCCAACGUGGUGAUGCAGGACUGUGAUGAGAGGUACAAUCAAGAACUUGACAGCAGUUUGCCAUGGCAUGGAACUAUGCCUGGUGACGAAGAGGGUGCAGCUGUUGAUACCCACGAAGAGGGUGACUACGACGCACAGAUGAGACCUGUUGGUGACACUAAAACAAAUGAAACCAUCGAUGACGGAAACGGUAUACUUCCUUUCUUUCGACAAUCUGCAAAUCACCAUGAAGACGGUGAUACUACGAAAGAUCAAGUGUUAGACAGUGGAAUGGCUGCGGACUUUGCGGAUCCCCGCAGUCGUCUGGUGGCACAGGCCUCUGAAGAGCGAUCCAUCUGGCAUGAGUCUACGAGGAGUUCUGACAAGGUUGUCAAGAAAAAGCAUCGACUUCGGGAAGAACCAACGCGCCGACAAGCAAAAAAGCGCCCCGCGUCUGGCUACGGAGGUGCAAAGUCUUUAAAAGCUCGUUCGAAGGUUGGCAGUCAUCGCCGUACGAAAAACAAGGCGAGUUCAGCAGCUGAUGUCGAAAUAGAUGGGAGUGAUCGGUCGCCUGUGACAAUGCCCUCCUCAAACGUUGAAGAACAAAUCAUUGACGGGUCUGAAGCCAUAAGUGUAGUACUCCCGUAAAGUAGCGCAAAUGGGAUGUAAAUAAGUCAGUGGUUUGUAGAAAA